UGCUGGCUACCUAGCCAGCUAGCUAUUGCGUUGCGCUCCCCCAAUUUCCAGGCAUGGCGUCCGCAGGCAAGCGUGGUGAAAUGGAAACAGAACAGUUUUGUGAUAACGACGAGGAGCUUGAAAACGAAGGGGACAAGGCAGAUGAAGAACCAACGUCAAAGGGAGGAUCUCGAAAACCGGACGAUGAGUUUAACCUGGACGAGGUUUUACGUUUGGGAGGCACCAAAGCUGACUAUGUCAUGCUCGCGACUGUGGAUGAUUCCCACGAGCUCGUGGACGGUGGAAAGAAAGGGAUCAUCGAUGACCUGAAGGAGGGGGAGCUGGAGGCCUUCAUCUCUAAGCUGGGCAUCCGCUCCUACUCCGGCCGGAUGCAGGUCGUAGAGGACGAGCAGGCGAAAGAGGAGGACCCAAAAACAGCUCAGAAGAAGAACAAAAAAGCCGAGGUUCAGAAGGUCAAACCUGAUGCGGAGAGGGCGAAGGAGACCUCGAAAGGUGUGGAGCAGCAAGCAGGGGUGGGAAAGAAGAAUAAAAAAUCCAAAGAGGCGGACGGCGCUGCCAGUCAAGGGAAGAAGGGCAAGCCGAGCGCAGACGUGUUCGAGUUCCACAAGAGGCAGGUGCUGCUGAUCAAACCAGGGGGCAAGUGGUUCGACCUGGAGUACACCAACGAGACCAACUCCGCCCCACAGGACGAGGCCCUGGUGUCCCAAUACAGAGCCCUGGCCCAGAAGCUGCUGGAGUCCGAGGUUGACCUCUUCAAGAGCAAGAAGAGCAUGCAGAAGGGGGCGAACUCGGCCUGGAUGAAGACGGUGGUGUCCACGGGGACGCUGGCGGACAGGAUGGCGGCCAUGACGCUGCUGAUCCAGGACGCGCCGGUGCACAGCCUGCACUUUGUUGAGACCCUGGUGUCGCUGGUGAAGAAGAAGGGCAGCCGGCGGCAGAGCCUGAUGGCGCUGGACACCCUGAGGGAGCUGCUGCUGUCCGACCUGCUCCCCGAGAGCCGCAAGCUCCGCCCCUUCGCCCAGCGGCCCUUCCACAGGCUGGAGGAGCUGGCCAGCGGGAACCGCGAUGCCCGCGACCGCCGCCUCGUCCUCUGGUACUUCGAGCACCUCCUGAAGCAGCAGGUGGCGGAUUUCGUGGCGGCCCUGGACACCCUGGCGCACGACACGGUGGCGGCCACCAAGGCCUGGGCGCUGGCCACCGCCCACGAGCUGCUGUGCUCCCGGCCCGAGCAGGAGAGGGUGCUGCUGGGCCAGGUGGUCAACAAGCUGGGCGACCCCGAGUACAAGACGGCCUCCAAGGCCUCCUACCUGCUGGAGACUCUGCUGCACAAACACCCCAACAUGAAGGGGGUGGUGUGCAGCGAGGUGGAGCGGCUGAUGUUCCGGCCCAACGUGCACCCCAAAGCGCAGUACUACGCCGUCUGCUUCCUCAACCAGGUGCUGCUGAGCCACGAGGAGGCCGACCUGGCCGCCAGGCUCAUCUCCAUCUACUUCUCCUUCUUCCGCGCCUGCGUCAAGAAGAAGGACGUGGAGUCCAAGAUGCUGAGCGCCCUGCUGUCAGGCGUCAACAGGGCGUACCCCUACGCCCGGGCGGGCGACGACAAGAUCAAGGAGCAGCUGGACACCCUGUUUAAGGUGGUGCACGUGGUGAAGUUCAACACGGCUGUGCAGGCCCUCAUGCUGCUCUUUCAGGUGAUGGACUCGCAGCAGACCGUCUCUGACCGCUACUACGUUGCACUCUACCGGAAGCUGCUGGACCCAGGUCUCGCACUGUGUUCCAGGCAGACUAUGUUCCUCAACCUCCUGUACAAGUCUAUGAAGGUGGACAUCGUGCUGCGCAGGGUCAAGGCCUUCGUGAAGAGGCUUCUGCAGGUCAGCUGUGAGCAGAACCCCACCUUCGCCUGUGGGGCGCUCUUCCUGGUGUCAGAGGUGAUGAAGGCCAAGCCGGGUCUCCGGCUCCUGCUGCAGGAUGAGGGGGACAGUGAGGAGGAGAAGUUCAAAGACCUCGAGGAAGAGGAUGAUGAGGAGGAGAGGUUUACAGAUGCUGAUAAGGUGGAGGAAGGACAGAGCGAGAAGCCGGAGAGGCCCAGCCAGGCUGCGUCCUGGGUGCAUCACCAAAACCUGGAGGGUGGGAAGAACAUGACGACCUAUGACCCCCUGCACAGGAACCCCCUGUUCUGCGGGGCUGACCACACCACUCUGUGGGAGCUGAAAAGACUCUCGGCUCAUUUUCACCCGUCAGUCGCCCUGUUUGCCCGGACCAUUCUGCAGGGUGAGUUCAUCCAGUACACCGGCGACCCUCUGCAAGACUUCACUCUCAUCAGGUUCCUGGAUCGCUUCGUGUUCAGGAAUCCCAAGCAGCAGAAGCACAGAGAAAACACAGACACCGCUGUGCUGCAGCCCAAACACAGGCUCUCCAUGGGCAACAUCAGAGCGUUGGCUGUGAAUUGCGAAGAGUUCCUGGCCAAGGAGGAGAGCCAGAUUCCAGUGGACGAGGUCUUCUUCUAUCGGUUCUUUAAGAAACGGGAGAGGGAGAAGCAGCUGCGGCAGCCGCGAGGGGGCGGGGACAACGAGAGCGUGGAGGACGUGGACGACGACGAGUUCGAGAGAACUCUCGAUAACUUUGAAGGGGACAGCUUCUUCACAGACAUUAAGGACGACAGUCUGGACUUUGCUGGCAAUGUGAAGGGCAAAUCCAAGAAAGGCAGGAAGGGUGAGGAUGAUUCUGACUCAGAUCUGGACGAGGAUGAGGAUGACCUGGAUGACGAAGAGGUGUCUCUGGGCAGUAUGGAUGAGGAGGACUUUGGAGACGAGCUGGAAGAGGAGGGAGGGGCCUUCGUGGAUCUCGGGGGAGAGGAUGAGGAGGAAGAUGAAGAGGCUGCAGAACCAGGGAAUGAAGAGGACAAUAUUUUUGAAGAUUCAGGAGAGGAGUUGGAGGAAGUCCUGGAAAAGAGCCCAGUUUCCAAGAAGGGCAAGAGGAAGAAGUCAGAAGAGCUCGGCUUCUCGGGCUCCUUAGAAUCAAAACCAGGUCGGAAGAAGAAGAAAGCGAUGAAGGAGGAAGGUGCCAUGUCUGCUUCAGCUGAAGAGUUUGGAUAUCUGCUGGAUGAAAACGCUGGGUCCAAGUUUGACAGCAUCGGCAUCAACGCCAUGGCAAACAAAGACAAAGCAGGCCUGAAGCAGCUGAAAUGGGAGGCCCAGAGAGACGCCUGGAUCCGAGGGAGAGACAUGAAGACCCUGCGCAGGAAGAAGGCCAUGUUCAAGAAACGGAAACAGUUCGGCAAAAUGAAAAAGGACGGCAAAAGGAAACCCACAAAAUAAAACCCUCAAAAACAGUGCGACUUU